GUGUUAACUUAGCUAUACUCUCGUCCGAAAAGACUCUUUCUCUCUUUCUCCUUCUUUCCUUUAUGUAUGUGUCAAAACUCAAACAAGCUACUGAUCAUAUAUAAAUACAUAGGGACAGAUGAACUGAAAGUCUAACUCGAAACCAAUACCUAAACCUAAACUCCAAUUCCCCAUUUUUCUUAUUAUCAUCACCUCCUUCUUCUUCUUCUUCAUCCAUGUCUGAUGACCACAGCAGAGACCUUUACUACCAUGCUCCUUUCCAUGAAGAUCAUCAAUUCAUUCUUGGUUCAUCAACUAAUUAUGGGUCUUCACAAGGGCUUGAUCCUUCUUCUUUUUUGAGCUUUACUGAGUGUCUCCAUGGAUCCAUGGACUAUAAUUCUCUUUCAAAAGCUUUUGGCAUGUCACCUUCGUCUUCUGAAGUAAUUUCAUCUAUGGAAGGCAAUCCAAAGCCUUUAGAGAUUGGCGAUUUAGGUAGUGGUGGUGGAAACAGUGAAAAUCCAGUAACCCCAAAUUCUUCAGCUUCGUUCUCUUCAAGUGAAGCUGGCGGUGAAGAAGACUCGGGAAAAACAGCAACCAAGAAAGGAAACCAACCAAAAGGGUCUGAAGAUGGAGAAUGCUCAAAGAAAGACGGAAAGACAAAGAAGAAAGGAGAGAAAAGGCAAAGAGAGCCAAGAUUUGCCUUCAUGACAAAGAGUGAGGUUGAUCAUCUAGAAGAUGGUUAUAGAUGGAGAAAAUAUGGACAGAAAGCUGUUAAGAAUAGUCCUUAUCCAAGGAGCUACUACAGGUGCACAACUCAAAAAUGCACUGUCAAGAAAAGAGUAGAGAGGUCAUUUCAAGAUCCAUCGAUUGUCAUUACAACAUAUGAAGGGCAACAUAACCAUCCAAUACCUGCAACUCUUAGAGGAAAUGCAGCUGCUAUGUUCUCUCAUUCUAUGCUUACACCAGCUAAUCCAAUGGUAACAAGGCCUACUUUUCCUCAGGAAAUUUUGGUUCAAUUGCCUCAUCUGAGCAACCAAGCCGGUACGGGCUCUAUUUAUCAACAGAGUGUUAAUCACCAACACCAUCUCCAUCAGUAUCAUCAUCAGGUUCCUGAUUAUGGACUUUUACAAGACAUAGUUCCUUCGAUGUUCUUUAAACAAGAGCCAUGAGAACCCUUUAGCUUUAUCUCAUUGUAUAUAUGUGUUUCGUCAUCACAUUUUCCUCACUUUUAAGCUAGGUUUUAUAUAAUACACUUCUCUUCUUGAUCUUUAGUACCCAGCUCAGAUUCUAUUCAGAAGAGGAACAUCUUUUAGUUCUUUAGAUUAUAAGUGAUUUCCUAUUGAGAUAUCAUAUCCAAUGAGAAUUAAUUGUUUUUUUGAACCCAAGAAGAUGAGGUCGACCACCAGCAGUUUUUCAAAAACCUAGCAUGCCUUAUUUAGGAGGGUUGCAUGUGCUUGUACUGCAAAUGCAAUCCCAUCAUUGGAACUUUGUGUUUAUAUAUAUAUAUAAUCUAAUAUAUUGUACUUAUGAAA